AAGAGGUUUAGCGGGGCGUCGUCGCGUACCGCCUAUAUUUACUGCUUCCCCAGGAUCUCCUGCGUCCUCCUGCUCAUACCUCCCUACAACCACAUAGCCUUGUCUUCCUCUAAAUGGCUUCUUCCGCUCCAAUUGAACCUCCAACGGCCCCGGCUUCGCCCCUGCCUGCCUACCAGCUUUUCCAUGACAAGACGCGCGCUUUUGUCUACGGAAUGCAGACUCGGGCGUGCCAGGGCAUGCUUGAUUUCGACUUCAUCUGCAAGCGUGCAACUCCCUCGGUUGCUGCAAUUGUCUACCCUUUCGGUGGACAGUUUGCCUCAAAGUUGUACUGGGGCACCAAGGAGACUCUUCUCCCUGUCUACCAGUCUGUCAAGUCUGCUGCCGACAAGCACCCUGAUGUCGACGUCGUUGUCAACUUCGCGUCCUCGCGAUCUGUCUACUCUUCCACAAUGGAGAUCCUCGAGAUCCCUCAGAUUCGCACAAUUGCAAUCAUUGCAGAGGGUGUCCCCGAGCGCCGUGCCCGAGAAAUUCUCUUCAAGGCCAAGGAGAAGGGUGUUACCAUCAUUGGUCCUGCUACCGUUGGUGGAAUCAAGCCUGGAUGCUUCAAGAUCGGAAACACCGGUGGCAUGAUGGACAACAUUGUUGCUUCCAAGCUUUACCGACCGGGAUCAGUUGGCUACGUGUCCAAGUCCGGUGGUAUGUCCAACGAGCUCAACAACAUUAUCUCACAGACUACCGACGGUGUCUACGAGGGUAUCGCUAUCGGUGGCGAUCGCUAUCCAGGAACUACCUUCAUUGACCAUUUGUUGCGUUACGAGGCUGAUCCCGCUUGCAAGAUUCUUCUGCUUCUUGGAGAGGUCGGUGGUGUUGAGGAGUACCGUGUGAUCGAGGCGGUCAAGGCCGGAAAGAUCAAGAAGCCAAUUGUCGCUUGGGCUAUCGGUACAUGUGCGUCCAUGUUCACCACUGAGGUGCAGUUUGGCCAUGCUGGUUCGUUUGCCAACUCACAGCUCGAGACCGCGGCAGCAAAGAACGCUGCGAUGAAGGCCGCUGGCUUCUAUGUCCCCGACACCUUUGAGGAGAUGCCUGCUGUUCUUGCUGACCUCUACGAGUCUCUGGUUAAGAAGGGUACCAUUGUUCCCAAGCCUGAGCCUGAGGUUCCCAAGAUUCCCAUCGACUACGCCUGGGCUCAGGAGCUUGGUCUCAUUCGCAAGCCUGCUGCUUUCAUCUCCACCAUCUCUGAUGAUCGUGGACAGGAGCUGCUUUACGCUGGAAUGCCAAUCACGGAAGUGUUCAAGGAGAACAUUGGCAUCGGUGGUGUCAUGUCUUUGUUGUGGUUCCGCCGCCGUCUCCCCGAUUACGCUUCCAAGUUCCUCGAGAUGGUUCUUAUGCUCACUGCUGAUCACGGUCCGGCCGUUUCUGGCGCGAUGAACACAAUCAUCACCACCCGUGCAGGCAAGGAUCUCAUCUCUGCUCUUGUUGCUGGUCUCCUUACGAUCGGAUCCCGUUUCGGCGGUGCCCUGGAUGGCGCCGCACAGGAGUUCACGACUGCUUACGAUAAGGGUCUCUCUCCUCGUCAGUUUGUUGAUACCAUGCGUAAGCAGAACAAGCUCAUUCCCGGAAUCGGUCACAAGGUUAAGUCGCGCAACAACCCUGAUAUGCGUGUCGAGCUUGUGAAGGAGUUUGCGCGCAAGCACUUCCCCACGACUAAGUUGCUUGACUACGCCCUGGCUGUUGAGUCAGUCACUACAUCGAAGAAGGACAACCUGAUUCUCAAUGUCGACGGCUGCGUUGCUGUCUGCUUUGUUGAUCUGGUUCGUCACUGCGGUGCUUUCACUGCCGAAGAGGCUGAGGACUACCUGAAGAUGGGUGUUCUCAACGGUCUGUUCGUGCUGGGCCGAUCCAUUGGUCUUAUUGCCCACUACUUGGACCAGAAGCGUCUUCGCACUGGAUUGUAUAGACACCCUUGGGAUGAUAUUACGUACUUGCUUCCUACGAUUGACUCGCUGGGCGGGAAGUAAGUCAACGAUCUAAUAUCAGUCACGCUGGGUUUAGAGUAUUGCACUCGAGCACGCUGGGCGUGAUGGGAGUAAUUUCGCGGGACGAAUAUUAUAUGUGUGUAAUAUCAAUCAAUUUGACUAUUAAAACAGUGAACAUGGUAAAAUAUCGAGUAACUUAUAGAUGAUCCCUGGUAUCGUCCGAUAUAGCAUAGCAGGGUUGUGUAGGGUUUAUCGGCUUGGCUCAUACGCGUGGGGUAACGAUGCAUGGCCCCCCACGUUCUCGCUGGUAUGAGUGCGAUU